AUGUCCGCCACUAUCGAGGAGGUCCACGACCACGAUCACCACGACCAUGACCAUGACCACGACCACGACCACGAGGACCCGACGUCCGACGCGGCGCUGAACAAGAUCCAGUCGCGUUCGGAGCGUAAGGCCCGCAAGGCGCUCAUCUCGCUUGGCCUCCAGAAGGUCCCCAACAUCACCCGUGUCACCGUCAAGAGGCCCAAGAACUUCCUCCUCGUUCUUACGGCACCCGAUGUGUACAAGUCGCAGAACAGUGACACCUACAUCGUCUUCGGCGAGGCCAAGAUGGAGGACGCGAACCAGCUGAACGCGGCGCAGCAGUUCGCUCAGGGUGGUGGAGCUGGUGCCCUUAGCAACUUCGGUGGUGCGGGUGCUGGUGCGGACGAUGAUGAUGAUGACGAUGACAUCCCCGAGCUCGAGGAGCCCGAGGAGGAGGGCACCGUCGACGAGACUGGUGUCGAUGCGAAGGAUAUCGAGCUCGUGAUGCAGCAGGUCAACUGCACGAGGGCAAAGGCGGUCAAGGCGCUGAGGGAGAGCGGAGGCGAUCUUAUCAACGCCAUUAUGGCCGCGAGCGAGUAA